AUGUUACUUCAUAGCAUGGACAAAGGUGAACUAAGUGGAAUACUUUUAGUAGAUUUCCGGAAAGCUUUUGACCUGAUAAACCACAAACUUCUCCUACAGAAACUUGCUAUCUACGGACUUAAAGACACAACACUACAAUGGUUCAGAUCCUACCUGACAGAACGGAAACAACUCGUCUCAAUUGGCCACUCAACCUCAGAUCUCUUACCAGUUCGCAGUGGCAUCCCGCAAGGUUCAUCUCUUGGGCCUCUCCUCUUCAUCCUAUUUAUCAAUGACAUCCCUCUUGCAAAUACUCAAUGCAAUUCCUCUAUCUAUGUUGAUGACACUACUUUAGCCAAUGCUGGACCAACAAUCAAUACGGUACGGACACACUGGCAAUCUGGAGCUGACAGCCUCGCCACCUGGGCAUCUGAGAAUAGAAUGGCAAUACAUCCCGACAAGGCCAAAGUUAUGCUAGUUGGAACGAAGAGAAAACUCGCGACCAUAUCUGAGCCUCUUAACAUCUCCAUUUGUGGCACCACCCUAUCCCAAUCAUCUUCCGGAAAACUUCUUGGAAUACACAUGGAUGAUUGCCUAAGUUGGAAUGAACACAUCUCUGCUGUUAUAAUGAAAUUCAGCACCAAACUAGAACUAGUUAAACAUGCUAAACCCUACUUAACACCUGAACGUUUACUUGUCUUAUACAACAGUUUGGCCAAGCCAACUCUAGAAUAUUGCUGCAGUGUGUGGGGCAACUGUUCUGGGGAUGUGCUUAGUCAAUUAACCUCUGCCCAGAAAAGAGCUGCAAGAAUUCUCGUGAACGUGGACUACACUACUCCAUCCUUAACUUUGUUCCAACACCUUCAAAUCAUCCCUAUAGUCAAAACAAUCUGCCAUCGCAUCCUUCUACAAACCUUCAACUGUUUCCACAAAAUUAGCCCACCUUGCCUCAGCACGCUUGUAGAAAAGCCAACACACCACCACUCUACAAGGGCAGUAGAAAAUAAUAACCUGUUUCUCCCCAAAGCCAGGACCAAUGCAGGGAAACGCAGGUUUUCGUUUCUGGCUCCUUCCUUGUGGAACAAAUUUCCAGACGUGGGAAAAAAACUUACCACAACACACGGGUUUAGAUCGCACUUUAAGAACAAACUGGCUAAGAUGACUGAAUUGAACACAAAAAGAUAUUAUUAA